GUUCCUGUAGCUAAAACGUUCAGGUUUCAAGAUGGUCGUCUAAGCUAUUUAGCGAGACUUCCUUUGAUUUUUCCCUGUUCCCCUAGGGUUGUUGUUUUUUUUUAACCUGGAUGUGACGUAUUAAAGGACCCGACGGAAAUAGAACUGAAGGCGUUCUAAAAUGGCGAACCGUACGGUAAAGGAUGCGCAUAGCAUCCACGGCACCAACCCUCAGUAUCUGGUGGAGAAGAUCAUUCGGACUCGAAUUUACGAGUCCAAGUAUUGGAAAGAGGAGUGCUUUGGCCUUACGGCUGAACUUGUUGUCGAUAAAGCCAUGGAGUUAAGGUUUGUGGGUGGUGUCUAUGGUGGCAACAUAAAGCCAACUCCCUUUCUCUGUUUGACCUUGAAGAUGCUUCAGAUUCAACCUGAGAAGGAUAUCAUUGUAGAGUUUAUCAAAAAUGAAGAUUUCAAGUAUGUCCGCAUGUUGGGAGCGCUUUACAUGAGGUUGACAGGCACUGCAAUUGAUUGCUACAAGUACUUGGAGCCUCUGUACAACGACUAUCGAAAAAUCAAGAGCCAGAACCGAAAUGGGGAGUUUGAACUGAUGCAUGUAGAUGAAUUUAUUGAUGAACUACUUCAUAGUGAGAGAGUCUGUGAUAUCAUUCUGCCCCGGCUACAGAAACGCUAUGUGCUGGAGGAAGCUGAGCAAUUGGAACCUCGGGUCAGUGCUCUAGAAGAGGACAUGGAUGAUGUGGAAUCCAGUGAAGAGGAGGAAGAAGAGGAUGAGAAGUUGGAGAGAGUGCCAUCACCCGAUCAUCGCCGGAGAAGCUACCGAGACUUGGACAAGCCCCGUCGUUCUCCCACACUGCGCUACCGGAGAAGUAGGAGUCGGUCUCCCAGAAGGCGGAGUCGGUCUCCCAAAAGAAGAAGCCCCUCUCCUCGCCGAGAAAGGCAUCGGAGCAAGAGUCCAAGGCGUCAUCGCAGCAGGUCCCGAGAGAGACGGCACAGAUCUCGCUCCAAGUCUCCAGGUCAUCACCGUAGUCACAGACAUCGGAGCCACUCAAAGUCUCCUGAAAGAUCUAAGAAAAGCCACAAGAAGAGCCGGAGAGGGAAUGAGUAAUGGACUCAGUUUGGUCCAGAUGGCCCUCUGUGGAGAUGAAGGCAUUUGUCUAUGUGAAAGAAUGAAGACCUACUCCCCAGGCAGCUAUGAGAAUAUUUUAGAUUUUUUUUCCACCAAGUUUCUUCACUUGUUUUUUUUUUUAAAUGAAAAGAGGUGCUGAGUUUUGUAUCUCUUUUUGAAUCGUAAACGUUUGAGGGAUAAUGCUUCCCAAGGGCUGCUUUUGAUCUCUUUGUACAACCAACCUUGCUUGUACUUAAAUUUAUGAGGGUAGAAUGGAUUUGAGUAGAGGGUAUGAAUGACAAGGGGAGGGUGUGGCCCCCUGGUGACCCUUUUGUUAUUAAAUUUGACACACUCAUUUUCUA